CAAGCAGCCAAGCAAUGAGUUAGAUAAAGACACAGGUUGAAAUUUGCCUCGGUUGCUUGCAUCUGGAUGGCUAUGACUGGCACAUGCGGGCCAGCAUAUGACGAGCCGGUGUGGGUGGCCCCUCCCCUCCACUUUCUGAGGCCAUCCGAAGUAUGCUUCCUGGCCCAUCGACUUGUCAGCAACGAUCCUUCAAACUGCAUGCGCUCACCAAUUCUCAACUUCCACCUGCUCCUCAAACAGACACAGUGGAUGAGCCCUGUGCUCCAAUCGGGGCAAAGAUCCCGGUCACUAAUUCUGACUCCAACCCCACCAGUCCCUGCAUCUUUCGGGGGACAGGCGAACGCGGUCCUGAGUUGAAAUUAUUUACCGAAAGCUCUAUCCUCAAUCGGGAUAGCAUCACCCAAUUUGUUACGGCGCCGCCUCAUGCCCACCGUUCGAAUCUCGGCUAUAUAAGCGGAGAAGUGUAUCGUUGAGGAUAUUGGGAUGCCCUCCGUGUUCGUUUUUCUUACCUCUAUUUCUUCGACUCUCAUUUGCUUGCCUUUCAGCUCUUUCCUCUGCACGUCGCCCUCCCUCUCUCUUGCACACAGCUCCCUCACUCUGCUCUCUCGCUGUCGAUCACCUAUCCUAUAAUAUCUAUAACAUAUUCUUGAAAUGAUCUUCUUCCGCAGAAACGGCCCUCUUCCCUCCUUCAGUCUGGCACUCUCCUCCUUCUCUUUUAAAAGCUCCUCCCUUAUGGCUGAGGGUGAUUCCACUUCUUACAGUCGCCGCGAUGGUUCCCCUUCACGAAGUUUGAUGCGUACCAUCGGCCGACAUUCACAAGAGACGUACGAGUUCAGCCGCAGUUUCUUUCUGGUUUGCCUAUAUGUUACUUCCCAUUACAAGCAUCCUCUCAUGGUCAAUGUUCAGCCCGACUCCAGCUUCAUGAGUGACGCUGAUUCAGAUUUUGAAACCGAGUUUGGUGAUUGGGAUGACCGACGCUCGAUUCAAACGGUAUUUGAUGACCAACCUACGAAGAACCGUUCGUCAUCUCUCCGGCGUUUCUUGUCGGCAUUUCUACGCAAAUGGCCUCAUACCCAAAAGUACAACGAAAUUGGCUUUGAAUCACACACCGCAAAAUUGCCCUCACUCAAUUGAGACGUCCAUCCCGAGUCUUCAGCACAAGACGGAUCGAGGUUGGAAGGAUGUUCAAUCGGACGUUUCAGCUUGUUUUUGUAUUUUAUCAUGGUUCUCGAGUUGAUGGCGAGCAUCCAGCCUCACAUAGUAUCAAUUUGCAGUCAUAGUCUUGCAGUUUCGUAAUAAGCAGUUCCUCAGCGAC